CUUGCCCAGCCCUAUAACCCUAUUUCCGGAGAAAUGAAGCGAACUAGCAGAAUUAUCGUUCCUGGAUUGCUAUAAUUGUGGAAGCAAUGUCUCGCUAUUCCAUUUCUGCCGAUUAAAAUUCUUAAUCCUAGAAACUCAAACAUAUUCUUCUAACCAAAUCGUCUACCACGGUGAAAGGAAUUAAUGGCUAAUACAAGGAGUAGGAAUAGAAACCAGAAUCAUGAUGAUGCAUCUUGUAGGAAGAAGAGGUUCAAAACUCGUGACAAAAGUGGUGUUAUACCCUGGUCAGAUCUGAACCAUGAUGUGCUUCUUUUAGUUCUAAUGAAACUGGGAGCGGUUGAUUUUAUUGCAUUCAGUGGAGUUUGCAAGUCAUGGAGAUCACUCGCACUCCCAAACAAGAAGAUCUUUAUGCAAUCCAGACCACCAAUGUCGAUAUGGAUCAAAGAUUGUCCUUAUAAGAAAGAAUGCUAUUUACAAGACUUUGAAGGAAUAAAGUUCAAAAUCCGCAUUCCUAAUUCUAUUGGCAGGAGAUGUGUUGGAUUAACUUGUGGCUUCUUGAUCUUGUUUGGGAGUAAAGUCCCUGACUUUUGGCUUGUGAAUCCCAUCACAAGGCAUCAACUUUAUUUCCCUCUGUUCCCUUGUUUAGCAAAGUGUGAUUCGAUUAAAUCUAUCCUUGUCUUUUCACCUUCAAUAUCUGGGUGGGUGUUGGUGGCGUUUCUGAAAUAUAGUCAUUCAAUUUGGUUUUGUAUAUUGGGUAAAGGAGAAUGGAUUCAUGUCUACUCUGCUUACACCCUCCUUGAUUUACUUGCUUUCAAGGGGAAGAUAUAUACCCUAUCAUCCAUCAAUAGUUAUUUAUGUGAAGAACUUAAACUCUAUCCAAAUCCCAAAUUGACAUUACUUAAAACCAAUAAUUUUCCAAAACCGGCUUGGAGCUUCUUACAUCGGGAGUUUGUAAAUGCAGGUGAAAAGCUUUAUCUCUUGGAUCGCGAUCCAAAAAAAGAUAUCUUUAGGGUUCAGGAACUAGAUUUUGGUGAAAUGAAAUGGGUGUUGUUAGAAGGAAAGGAAAUAGAGGAAUAUGCUUUCUUUCUUAGUGCCUUGAAUAUUUCUGUUGCUAUUAAACCAAAGUCGUGGACUAAAUCUCAGUUAUUACAUUACAGGAGAUAUGCUGUCACUAAGAAAAGUCGAAAAGGUAGGUUCAAUAUUGAACACAUGUGGUAUUUCCCUCAUGAAUGUUUGAAUGUUAAUAUCAUACAUGAGUGACACUUUUUACCACUCUUUGUCUUUGUUUGUAUCUUUGCAUAUAUUUGAUAUUCUCAAAACAUGAUUGUCUUAAACAGUUUCCUCACUUGUUCCAUUUG